AUGCUCGACCUAAACAACGACUUUCUCCAACUUCAUAAUACAUCCGGUGCUUCGUAUCUUGAGACUGUUGAAAGACCACAUCUACCGGUCCUUGAACAAGGUUACCAACGAUGGGGCGAUGAUGACCUAGGCCAGACACCUCGCCGGCAGUAUGUACGUUAUCAGCGAUUCCGAGGGAUGCACCACAUUCUAGAUCUACCUGUUGCGCCUAAACUCUACAACAGUGUCAAUCCUGUGCGGUCUGGAUUACAACAGAGGUACCAAAAGGCUUCUCGGAACGAGUUCUCCCAUGUGAGGUAUACACCCGUCACUUGCGACCCAUCCGAAUUUGUCCAUGAAGGAUAUACCUUACAGCAACAGUUAUUCAAGAAGCCUAGGAAGACCGAGAUAUGCAUCGCAGUUACGAUGUAUAAUGAAGAGGAGUGGCUUCUGGGUAAGACCUUGGAAGCUCUCCAUCGAAACAUCAAAAAUCUUCAAGGAGAGGAAAGAGCCGCACCAUGGGGCCCAAGUUCUUGGCAGAAAGUAGUGGUUUGCAUCAUUUCUGAUGGGCGUAACAAAAUCAAUCGGAAGACCAAGGCACUAUUAGCUGCACUUGGGGUCUACCAGGAUGUUGGUAUAAUGCAGAGUGUGGACGGUCGAGAUGUCACGAUGCAUUUAUUUGAGUACACAACUCACAGCGUUAUUCGUUGUGAUGGCAUGCAAGUAUCCCUUGACCUUGAUUCCGCAGGAGGCGUCCCCUGCCAAACGAUCUUUUGUCUGAAGGAGAAGAAUCAAAAGAAGAUCAACAGUCACCGCUGGUUUGUGACAGCGAUAUGCGAAGUCUUAGACCCUGCUAUCUGCGUCUUCCUGGAUGCUGGAGCCAUCCCCAGAGAUGAGGCUCUCUACCAUUUAUGGAAACCUCUGCACGAAAACCCCACAGUGGCUGCGACGACAGGCUUCUGCACAAGUUAUGCGAAUUCAGCUUUAGCAGAAACUAUAAAUCCCAUUGUCGCAUUCCAAAAGUUUGAGUAUCAACUCACUAACACCCUUGAGCGGCCAGUGGAGGCACUUUUUGGUCGACGUUUUGCUAUUAACAAGGGCGGAUUCGCGGCCUAUCGAUGGACGACAGCAUCUAAUCCAGACGGCAUUUUUCGGAGCUACUUCGAUGCAGAAAGGGCGUACAAUGAAAGCCCCUCUCGAGCGAAUUUGCUUCUCGUCGAAGAUCGGACAAUAUCGGCCAAUCUACUGCAUACCAACCUCGAUGUCUGGCGAACGAUACCGGUUGAUUCUGCAACUGUAGAUGUGGAUAUUCCUCUCAGCUUUGAAGAAUUCUGCCUUCAGCGCCGUCGAUGGCUCAAUGGCGAUUUCUACGCCACGCUACAUGAAGUAAAAAGUACUCCUCGCUACAUAUCAUUCGGCACGUCUACAAAAUUGAUCAGGUGUCUUGGACUACUAGUAGGUGCCUUCUAUCAAAUACUGAUGACUGGAUUGCAGUAUUUCGCCGUUGGCAAUUUGUUUAUCUUCUUCUUUGUGCUCACAAACUCCAUGUACUCCAACACCUUCUGGGGAGCCGGGGGGCAUUGGGUGACUUUGGUGUUGACCUACUUAUACGUUUUGGGGUUUGCCGUCGGUGUGCUACUCUCCAUAGGAAACCGUCCUCAGUCAACCAAGCUUUACGCAUGUCUUUCUUUCCUGUGGAUUAUGUUCGGAGGAUACCUCUUUGCUGUCCUAGUAUACUUCGUGGUCCAAGCUUCUCAUGAGAUCAAUCGACUAUCGGGAUUCUCCAACUCAAGUUUAUUACGAGGGCAGCUGUUUUUAUUUCUCGUGUGGCCACUAGCUGGCAUAAUUACUAUCUGGCUUAUUGCUCCGCUUACACUUGGACAGAAGCCACACACGCUAGCAUCGUCUACUUGGUAUCCGCUGUGGCUCGUUGUCCAUGUCAACCUUGUAUCCGCAUAUGCAUGGUGUAAUGUCCAUGAUAUUAUAUGGGGUGUGAAAGGCAAUGAUCGCCCAGAAGCCUUGCCUAUAGUGAAAGUCAACAACGACGUAGUUAUACCAGACACUGAUGUCUACAAAGAAAUUGACCCCCAGUCAGGAGAUCUUAUUCUGCACAACUUUAUCGAUCAUGUCCAGAUUCUAGACGGCUUACUUGAAGCGAACCUCGACGAGUGUCAAUCGAGAACGCUUCCUGAGACUCGAACAAGAGAUAUAAGUACGAAGCAGGCGGAUAGUUAUCGGACCUUUCGUACCCUCACUGUGUUUCUAUGGAUUACUCUGAAUAGUUUCUUAGUAAUGGUGGUCAUCAAUAUCCCCAAAUUAUCGACAUUCCGACCAACAGCUAGUGGAGGAGAGGGCCUAUUGUACAUAGGCAUUAUCCUAUGGGCUUACGCUGGAUUGACAGGAUUUCAGUAUGGGUGCACGAUCCUUUACGCGAUGAGAAAAUCUUGGAGAUGGGUUCUUACAAAGCUUAUGACUGGUAGGCUGGGACGGAUGAAUCAGUCUCAAGGUGAGGCGUAA